AUGGUACAAAGGUGCCCACAAAUGGCAAAUUGUUUACAGCAGACAAACGAAGUGUCAAACAAAGUGAUUAAUCCGAGUAUUAAUUUAAGCAAUAGGUAUUCCGCCCUAAGUGCUGACGAAAACGACGUAAGCGAUCGCAAUGCCCGGGAUGCUGUAAGAAACGAAGUAGAACAUACAUAUGCAAAUACGCACCGAUCAACGCAGACACCCAAUCGUAAGCAAAACCAAUCGCACAAUACAGAAAUGGACAGGAAAAAUUCAACUCAACAUCGCGAUAAUCAAACGAAACAACGGACUGACCACCGAAAUUGUCCCAACGUAGUCAUAGUGGGAGACUCCAUGAUCAAACACAUAGAGCCGGCAAAGCUCCGACAAGGGCUUAAGAGUGGAGUAACAUUCAGAACUUUUGCGGGAGCUAAAACAGAAGAUAUGAAGUACUACCUACAACCUACAUUAAAAGCUAAGCCUAGCCAUCUUAUUCUUCAUGUGGGAACUAACGACCUCUCCGGGAAAUCGCCUGAAGAGAUUGCUCAAAAUAUUUCAGAAUUGGGGAAAGCCGCGACUGAGCAAGUACCUGGUCUCAAGCUCAGUAUAUCAGAAAUUAUAACGAGAUCCGACCGUGAAGACAAUGAUCAGAAG